AUGGAUGAUCAGAAUGGGACAAUAUACACUUCUGAAGGAGGGGAAACAAAUAUUGUUGAAGUUAGCCCAAAUCAAGAACCAUAUGAGGGUAUGCUAUUUGAAUCAGAAGAUGCUGCCAGAGUAUUCUAUGAUGAUUAUGCCAGUCGCGUAGGAUUUUUGACCCGUGUUCUGUCAUCCCGGAAGUCUGAGCGUGAUGGGUCAAUAAUCUCUCGUGGACUUGGAUGUAGAGGGGUCUCUGAUAAUGGUAGAAAAGUAAUGCAGAAGGAGUGUGGACAACGAGAAUUUUGCACAGCCAUGGUGUUGUUGAGGCAAGAGAAGCCUGGAAGUUGGGUUGUCAAGAAGUUUUUGAAGGACCAUAAUCAUCCGUUAGUGGUUCAAUCACAAAAGAGUCGCCGAACGCUUGAUGAGAAGGAUAAGAAAAUUCAGGAGUUAACCGCACAACUGCGAGUGAAGAAGCGGUUAAGUGCAGCAUAUAGAGAACAGCUACUUGCCUUUAUGAAGGAUGUUGAAGACCAUAACAAUCACCUAUCAAUAAAACUUCAAUCAGUCUUUGACAAUCUAAAAGUGCUUGAAGCUAAAACAGUAGGUUUUACAUGA